CAUUUGUAGUUGAAGUUGAAGUACAUUUUACAUUCAUUUCCCUUCCGGACAUAAGCAGAGAACAGAGAAUAAGAAAAAUGCCAGCCCAAAAGCCCCCCGAGUUCAAGUUCCCCAUGCACGACUUGCACUUGAAGCAAACGCUUCGCAACCUCAAAGUGGCCUGCACUUUGUCCCUGAUUGCUCCGCUUAUUUUGUACACUUUACAGAACAAUCCGCGCAGGAGGAAGUACAGGAACUUUUACUCCAGAUACGAUCCGAUGGAUGCGUUCGAUCGCAUGAUGAGUGGAGGCUACCUGGCGUCCUGUCCGCCGGGCAGUGGUCCCAAAAAGGAUGACAAGGACAAGAAAAAGAAGUAGAUCAAGAAGUCAAAAUAUAACACUACAAUAGGGGGACAUUCAUCACUCACUUUAAACUAAACAACUUUGAAGCAGAAUGCACCCUUUUAACUCUUGACAUCAACUGUUCAAAUUAACCCAGUGAACUCUUGACGAUACACCUGCCAAAUGGAAAUCAAAAUUUACAUGGAACUAGUUUACACACUAUAUAUAAAAUACAUGUUAACAUAUGCACCACCA